GUCCGGUGGAAGCAGCACUCAGCUGGCCAUCCAUCAUCGAUCUCUCCCACUGCAUACCUACAGUCCAACACAAGAGGUGCGAGCCAUGGCGAUGGCGAGGCGCCGCCACUCCUCCUCUGUUGAUCUCCCAUGCGUCCUCUUCCUCCUCCUCAUCGUUGCCAUGGCCGCGGACGGUGCAGGCAGCGUGCAUGCGCGGCAGCGGAAGUUGCAGCAAGUGCCCGGGCCACAGCCGCUGCCGCUGCCAAACCCACGCCCUCAACCCGGCCCACAACCGGUGCCACUUCCGAUUCCGAACCCACAACCUGACCCAAACCCACAACCUUUACCUAACCCAGACCCAAACCCACAACCUUUGCCUAACCCAGACCCAAACCCACAGCCACAGCCAUUACCCCAACCACAGCCGGACCCAAACCCGCAGCCACAACCAUUACCGCAGCCUCUUCCACAACCCCAACCGGACCCAAACACGCAGCCACAACCAUUACCGCAGCCUCUGCCGCAACCACUGCCGGGUCCAAACGCACCGCCGCUGCCGUUACCGCAGCCUCUGCCACUGCCACCGCCGGGUCCAAACGCACCACCGCUGCCAUUACCACCGCCGGGGCCAAACCCGCAGCCACUGCCGCCACCGGGUGUCCCGGCUGGCUCAUACCCGCAGGUACAACCGUUGCCGGACUCGAAUACGCCCGGGCGACAGAAUAACGCACUACAGGGACCACUGGGGAGUGGUGCAGCCCCGAUCUUAUACUCAUGCGGUGCAACGUACAUACAUACGUUUUUCAUGGGUUUAUUAUUGUACUAUUUUGUUUAGAUAAAGUGAGGCUUGUUUAUGUAAAUGAAUUUACUACUAUUUCUCUAGGCUUCAUGAAAUUAUGUGUCCGUCUGGCAUGAUCUCCCUGUAUUUACAUUUAUAUACUAGUGUAUUAUUUGUAAUAAGAUUUUAUAUGAUUGUACAAGUAUUUUGUGUACAUAGAAAAACCAGAACCAUUCGUGUAUGCAUUUGGUACACAUGUCGUUCUUAUAUUGGUAGCUAUAUCUCUUA